AUGGCUGCGUUGGUUCAAACGAUUCCGCAACACACUAGCACGGUACCGGUGCUCCAGACGCGUCCUUCCUCCUCCUCGGGCACUUUUGCUUCUUCACCUCAGACCCAGGGCUCCCGCUAUCAGAACAUGUCGUGGAGCUCCUUCAAUGCAGGCAAUUCCGGGUCAUAUCGAACCGGCCAACCUAUCGUUGCUCCCUACGCCUUCGCCCCGAACCUGGGUCACCACGCAAGCCCCCAACAACAUCGACAGUCGUGGUCCCCUCAUCUCCGGCCGGAACACCGCACAUUUUCCGCCCCUACUAUCCCUCAGGGGCCGAUAAUGUCUUCCGCUGGGGUUAACCCUCGAGUCGCCUAUCCUGCAGCUGGUUCUGUAUCGAAUACCUCCUCCACCUCUUUCCAUUCCCAUGUUUCCAAGGACGACAGUGCGAUCCCCUCUAGGCAACCGAGGGGUGACCAGCCCAUCCGUCCUCUUUCCACCGCCAAUCUCCCCUCUCCUCCCAUCAUGAACAGCUCCUCACCCACAGGUGCUGUCAAGCCCUCCCCUAAUCGAUAUCGCCGUCCUCAACGUGCAGAGGGCAUCCGCGCCCAGUCCCCAGCACCGGCCUCGUCAUCAUCCUUGCCUGCUGAGGACAAGACGAGCGGUGCUAUGCCUGUUCGACCUAUCCUCCGAUCUACGGUUCACAAUCGCGUAUCGAGCGUGGAUGAUUCAUCUCAUGCAGAGAAGGCGGCCCCGGAGCGAUAUCGUCGACGGAGCUUGGGUAAUAUGGACCCUGCGUCUAUUCCAAGCUUACAGCUUCAGCUCCCCACAGCAUCGUCGCCGCCCCAAUCGGGCUCCUACGAUUUCAUUUCGUUCGAUUCGAAUUCCCGGCCACACUCAUCUCACUCCCGUCGGGAUAGCUCAGGGAGCAACCACUCCAGACAUUCCUCUGCUUCUUCGGCUCGAGCCGGAUCUCCGGACUCUAACUCGGUGACUAGCAAGACCGGCAAACCCGACGAGAAGCGAACGAGCAAACCCUCGCCGCUUUCCCAACCUGCAUCGACAUCUCCCGAAUCGCCUACGGCUGGACCUGAAGAAAACCAAACUACACCUUCGUCACCACCAUUAGACUCCCCUGCGGCCAAGCGUCUCACCGAGCUGAAAAAUGGGGCCCAGCGCCCUGGGAAGUCACGCUUGAGGCGUGCUUUCUCGUUUGGCAGCGCCUCGGAGCUUCUGAAAAAUUCCGGAGAGAGCCGCACCGCCAAGCGAGAGGCGAUUGCCGCAGAGAAACUUCGCCAGGAGGCUUUGCUGGAAGAAUUGGGACCGGAACAGGCCGCCAUUGCCAAGCAACAAGAAGAGAUGGGCCUGGGUGAGAGCAUUUAUUCCCACCAAGGCGGCCUCUUCUCUCGAUCCACCGAUGCUCUGUCGGUAUCAUCGACGGCGUCCUCUGCGUCCAUGAUGCUCCGAAAAAUGGGCAAAGGCAUGAAGAAGGGUGGUCGAUCUCUCGUUGGCAUGUUCCGUACGAAGUCGGUUGCAAGCAUCAGUUCUAUCGAGGGAGCAGCCGAGCCGAUAGCUGCUCCUCAGAUCACCGUUGUAAAUGUUGAAAGAGACGAUGGCGAAAGUGUCGCGGUCAACCCCGACCCGCAGGAGAUGCCGCGUGGUGCCACUGUCUUCCCCAAGGUGGAACAUGGAUCGGACGUUCGUCGGUCCGCUUCCAUUCGUGAAAGAAAUGUCUCGGAUACUUCCCAAUCGCGUAAGAGCAUCGUGGGAAGCGACCGAGAACGGGCAGAGAUCCUUGCGGCUGUCCGUAAGGGCAUUCUGAAGAAAACCCAUUCCGACCUGGGUGUUUCCUCGCCUGCCCAUACGCUCGCCGCCGGUGACUCGCCGCAUUCCAGUGCCCCGACAACGCCCGAAGAAUCGGCACGGCCUCGUCCGAACGACCACGUGAAGAUUGAGGGCGAAGACUACUUCCUGACCGAAGGCGGACGCUUCAACGGUACGGAAGCGAAGAGUGCUCCAAUCACUCCUCACGGUGUUGGGAGGAACAUUGCCUUCAGCCCUCGCAUCCAAUUCCACGACACCUGGCCUCCUGGCGAGUACGAUCGCCGUGGAGAGAUCGCGACUUGCAACCGCCUGACGCCUCUGCUGGCCCAGCAGAUCCGGGAGGAGAUUAACAACUUCAAGAUGGAGAUGGAGGUCCAUGAAAACUCCAAGAUCUACACGCACUUCAUUUGA